UCUUUUUUUGCGGCCAUCGUGUGUGCGAGUUUGCGAGUGUGACAGUGUGUGUGUGUGUGUCAAUUGUGUUGCGUAAAGAAUUUGUUAAAAACUUGUCAAACGUUUGAUGUUCCAUUCACUAGAUUAACCCACACACAUACACACACACAUUAAGACACGCGCACGCUUAAACACAUACACUUGCAGGCACAGUGGGGCAGUCGCUGCGUUUGUCUCUGCGUGUGUGAGUGUGUAUCAGUGUGGCGCCCAUAAAUUAUGUAUGCACAUACGUGGCUCCCUAUCUCUGUAUGUGUGUUUGUGUGAGUGUGCUAAAUAUUGAUGACGAACUACUUACGUACGUCCUUUCGCACAAUUGACGAAACUACCACAAACAGCCGCAGCAGCUGAAAGGAAGGAAGCAAAAAAAAAAAAUGGCAUGUAACGCAGUUCAAUAUUCAAUAAGAGACCAAGCAUAAUUACAUAAUCAAAUAGAAGGACUCAAAAACUAAAAAAAAAAACACGAAGGAAUAUAUAAGAAAGAAAAGGAAAACGUCACAAUAACAACUGAAACAGAAAAGCAAACUAUUGCAAAAGCGAAACCAACGUCAAGUUCAGCAUUAUUUAAUCAACGCCCCGGAAACGCCUAAAAGCGAGCUAAACGAAACUCCCAAAAAUAGCAAAACCAAAAAGUCAAAACAACAAAAACCAAAAAGCAAACCACAACCAAUGUACCUGCAACAAAGAAAUUGAGCAAAUUAUAAAACACACACACUCAUGCAAAUGCACAAACACACACACAUACACACUCACAGACAUUAAGACACGCGCAAAUUGAGCGAAAAUAGAAGAAGCAGCAGCAUCAACUAACGAUAAAAUUACUGAACAAAAUUUAGCAAGAACGAAUUACUUUUAAAAAUAUACAACAAAAAAAACAGAAAAAACUCCCUCGCUAUAAUUAUUUAAAAUACCUAUUAUAUACAAAGAAAAAAGUGCUAUAAACAAACCAAGAAAUAACAAAAAAAAACUAUAUACAAAUAAUACAAUACAAUUAUAUAGAGAAGUUAUAUACCAGAAAAUCCAAACCAAAAACAUACAUACUUAUAUGCGAUUAUAUAUAUAUAUCGAUGCUAUUUAUAUAAUGUAGUUGCCGUUACGCGAAUUGUUCAACACUGGAUGCAUUAACUGAUAUAACUAGAGCUAGAGCUAAAGGAAACCUCGUAGUUUGUAGGACAAGCGUCUUCUUCAUGUAGCGAAUCAAAUUGAAUAUACAUAUAUAAUCAACCACGCACUUAACGACUAACAAACUACCAAGUAGUUGCCUCUCUCUAUACACAUAUAUACAUAUACAUAUAUGUAUAUCUAUAUACAAAUUGCUUAGAAUAUAACUAAAUAUAUAUACAUAUAUAUAUACUAUAUAUGGAUUUAUUUUUAUAAAGCCGCAACGAACUUCAACUUCAACUCCAAAACUCGACCUAGGCCUAAAUUAGAACAUAACGCAAAGAUAAAACUAAAACGAAAACGAAAGCAAAGAAGAAGCAACUAAUGCACUAAUUAAAGCUAAAGUAAAAACGUGCAGAACAAGGAGAAGGACAACGCAGUCGCCUCUGCCGCUUCAGCUGCCUCUUGCUGCCGGCAAGCAAAAAAGCUCACGCCUCCAAAUUUGCUCGCGUGUUGCUUGUGCUACUUUCUAGGCUACAGUUAGAGAGAUAUAUACACAUACAUAUAUAUAUAUAUAUAGAAAUAUAUAAGCAAAUUUUACCUGCGUUGGGUUUCUUACGUUACACGGCAUACGGCUUACGGCUUAGGGCCACGCCCCGGCAUCCCAGCUCCCGGCUUCAAACUAAGGCCCGUCCCCAGGACCACGACAGCUAAGCUACAGCUACAGCAACAGCAAUAGCAACUACAUAUAUAAAUGUAUAAGUAAUGGUAACACCAUAACGCCUUAACUUGACUCACAACUUUCAACAAGACCGCAAAAUUCGUUGCGUUCAUUAAACUUUCACGACCACGAGACCAAGCAUUAAAUUGACUACAAGAGCGACCAGGAGAAGGAAGGGGUGAAUAAACUACUUGUCGAAACGAAAUCAUAGCAUACUUUUUUGCGUUCGCCUGGAUAAUACAUAAUAAGUUCAUACUAUAUUUAAGUGAUGCAAACGGAAAGCGAAAAAAGCGAAAGAUAACUCGAUUAUAGCUGUUUCUUGUGAUAUUCGAAACAUAUAAUUAAACGAUCGUGACAUAACUGAAAACUAACGAAACCGAAAAACUCUCUGUGUGCUCCCUGCCCUGCCCACCAUCCUUCAGUUCAGUUCGCCUGCCCCGCCUAUCAUCGCCACCAACAAACAAUAAUAAUAAAUAAAAACUCCACCUAACAAACAAAUAAUAAUAACGCUACUGACAGCCCCCUAGAUGAUAAAACAACGUCUAUAAUCCAAAGUACAAAAGAACACGAAAAACAUAAAAGUAAAAAGUAAACCACAUUAUAUAUACAUAUAUAAUAUAACAAGCGCCGACAGAACAUAAUAGCAACAUAUGGUAUUAAUAUAUUAACUCAGUAGUCAACAUACGCGUUAAACAUAACCUCAAAACCAAAACCAACCCAACCAACUCAUAAGCAAUACAACUAGUGCUGUUAACUAUUUUAGAGACUACCUUUUAGACCGUCAGUCAAGCAACCAACCAACCAACCUACUCUACGUUACUCAACACCUCUCUAUAACUAUAACCCACCAACAAAACGCACACAGUCACUCACUCACACACACAUUCACUAUCUUAGUGAAAAAAAAGCAGUGCUAAAUAAGUGAGCGAUAAAACAGUAAAACUGUAAAACAAUAAAAACAAGCAUAGCAACAAUAAAAACAAAAAUCAGUAACAAAACGAAGGAGCAGAAAACUCCCAGCCCUCCUUCCCCAUUUAAAACGUUACAAAAAGAAGAAAAAAAGUGCUCAGCAUGCGGGCGAUGUGAGUGAGAUAGCUAUAGUGCGAUAGCGAAGCCUAGCGAAGCAACAACAACGAAAAGCAAUUAUUUUGUUUAUGUGUCCGUAUAUGUCGUCGUCGUGUACUUGUUCUUGUAUUAGUUAAUGCCAAAAAUCGAAACGGAACUUGCACCUACAACACUCAACGACUGAAACAGUGAGUGAGAAAGUGCGAGUGAGAAGGGAAAGUUGGUGCGAGCAAGACAGAAAGUGACAGAUAUACACAUACACCCAACAAGCAAACAAACAAACAAGCAAGCACACGCACACACAUAUACAAUCACACACGCUGUCGAUUACCAUAUGCAGCAGCAGCAGCAGCAUACGAUGAUAAGUCCCAGAAUUGCGCCAGGCGUUGCGACGUUUGCUCUAUGCCAAUAACAACAAAAACAACAACAACAAUAAGAAAGAAAAAAAACAACAACGACAACUUAAACGUAAUACAAAUUCAACGUCAGCCGCGACAACAGCAGCAGCAGCUGAGAGUGUGUUCCUCUCUCUCUCUCUCUCGCUCUGCAAGCGUGAGCGUGUGUGUGCGAGAGUGCGACUGCAUGUGAACAAACGUGUGGGAGAAGCACGGAGGAAGGCGAAAGUUUUUAUAUUUUUCGUUUUGGCGGAGCGACGAUAAACGAUAAACGGUAACCAAUUUCGCCGUUUCCAUGUGGCGGACCUGCUAAGAGGAGGGGCGACGAAGAGAGUGUGGUGUGGGGGUGUGUGUGUGUGUGUUUGUGUAUGUAGCUAAAAGAAAAUGCACGUUAAACACACACAGCGCCGAGUCAGCGGUCCUGGAGCAUUUGGAACAUUUACCAACGACCAACGCGCUAGCCGAGACAACUUGUACCCCGACGAUCAGCAGCAGCAGCAUCACCAGCAGCAGCAGCAGCAACAUCAGCAGCAGCAGCGUCACUCGCAUUCACAUCAACAUCUGGUGCGGCAGUCUCUGGUCAGCCUCAGCUACGCACAGGCGGGCAGCAGCAGCAACUCCGCGACAGCUGGAGCUGGGUCGAUUCCCAUCCACUCGCAGUCGCAUUCGUCAUCGGUGCGCAACAGCCCGAGUCCCAGUCCGGCGGCUGAUCAGCAUAGCUGCAGCAGCGGCAGCGUUGGAGUCGCACUUGCCACACGAAGUCGCCGCAGCGAGCAAACAGCUCGUGACAACGACGACGACGACGCGGACGCCGACGACGCUCUUGGUGUCUACGGUGGCAUCGGCGGCGGCGGGGACGGCGACAGUGUCUCGCUGCUGAGGGGCGCCGCUGGCUUGGGCCAGCUGGGCUUUGAUGAGGCACGCGCGCAGCGGCAACGCAGCAACAGUCGGCUAUCCAGCGGCAUCUCAAAGCAAAACUCCUGCGACAGUCGCAGCGGACUGCGUAUCAUCGAUCACAGUCACAGCCAUAGCUACAGUCACAGUCCGGUCAGCUGUGGCACACAGAGUGUGAGCAGCACUGGCGGCCAAUCGGCUCUGUACGAUGCCUGUCACGAAUACACACGCAGCUUGAGUGCAGCCCCAGCCACAUCUGACAUUGCAACAGCAACAGCAGCGGCAGUUGGCGGCAGUAAUCUUGGUGGUGGCACUGCGACAGCGAGUGGACUGCUUAAGAGCCAUUACAGUGAACAACAGCUAUCGGAGCCGCAUUUUACCAAUCUCAAUCUCAAUCUGAACAGCGACUACGAUACGGGCAGCGACAAGCAGCAGCUGGUGAAUCAAACGUACAUAUUCAAGUGCAUUGCGAAUAGUCCAUCGUUUCUGCGCACCAACAAGAUCAAGGAGCAGUCGAAGAAGCUACGCAAUCUAUCGCUCAAGACACGCACCGCCAAGAAGAAGGGACAAAUCAUUUCGAAAUCGAACGCGGUGUCGGAUAACUCGUUGCAUCCGGGUGAUAAGUAUCUGAAUCUGUAUCUCGUUGAGAAGAAGCAUUCACUGCAACCGCAAGUGGUCAGCACAACGAAUCCAGUGCCGGCAUCAAUCUCAGCACCCGGUUGCUCCACUUCCUCCUCAUCCUCGGCGGCAGCAGCAGCAGCGGCGUCACGACAACAACAGUUGCCGGCGCUAUCGGCGGUUGCGGCGCGACAGCAGCAGCUGCUGCUCAACGGUUCGCUGAAGAGCAAGACGAAGACAUUUCCGGCGUAUCGGGCGUCCGUGCGCAGCGAGAGCGACGACAAGGAGUAUCGCGGCAGCGGUGGUAGCAACACCAUACCAACGACGGGCAAAAGUCCGCCGGUGCCGCAUUCGCUGGCGGCCAAGAUCAGCGGCAAGAACUGCAACAAUCUGCUGCACAACGCCGGCAACAAGCUAAGCGUGAGCAGUAAUUCAUGCCACAAGCUACAUGCCCACAGUCAUCAGGGCCAGGGACAGGCACACACGGCGUAUACGCAACAUCUGGCCUCGUCACCCAAGAGUUCGGUCUCCAGCAACGGGCAUCUAAACAAAUACUGCCUCACGGACAUCACACGCCGCAAGGCGGAGUUUAAUCGCCAGCUGAGCGCCCCCACGGAUUACACGCAUCACUCGUCCAGCAACGGUUCGCAGCAGGGCUCCGAGGCGGCCAAUGAGGCGGUUGGCGAAUCAACGAUCACAGUAGCCAGCGCUGGAGUGUUGGGCCAAGGACACGGCCAGGGACACGCACACGCACAUGUGCAUGCGCUGAGCGCUGGACAGGCAUCGACAGCGCCGGCAACAUUGAAAUCGCUGCAACUGCACAACUUUGGUGUACAUCAUCAGCCAGCACGGCCCACGUCCACAUCGUGCACCAAUAGCUUCAAUCGACGUCACAUACGACGGCACAAGAGCAAGCUCAGCGAGCGUUUGCUAAACGGCGAUAGCGAGGAAUCAGUACGCUGCUCGUAUUGCUCCGUAUUGAAUGUGAAUGAGAACGACUUGCGAAUUUCAUUUGAAAACACCUGCACCGACUCGCUGGUCACCGCUUUCGAUGAUGAGGCACUGCUAAUAUGCGACCAAGGAACCGAAAUGGCAAGAGCAAAGGUACACUUUGAUGAUGUGUCGUUGUACGGCACUCCGAAAGAGGAGCCAAUGCCCAACAUACCGAUAGUCUCGGAAAAAGUCUCGGCGAAUUUCCUAAAAAGUCAAUUGCAAUCAUGGUUCCAGCCGACGGACAAUCGUCUGGCCAUGAAAUUAUUUGGCAGCCGCAAGGCUUUGGUCAAAGAGCGCAUACGUCAGAAAACUUCCGGACAUUGGGUCAUACACCCGUGCAGUUCAUUCAGGUUUUACUGGGACCUUUGCAUGCUUUUAUUAUUAGUAGCAAAUCUUAUUAUCCUGCCAGUCGCAAUAUCAUUCUUCAACGAUGAUCUGAGCACACGAUGGAUUGCCUUCAACUGCCUAAGUGAUACUAUUUUUUUAAUAGAUAUUGUAGUCAAUUUUAGAACAGGAAUUAUGCAACAAGACAACGCUGAACAAGUAAUAUUGGAUCCAAAGCUUAUAGCUAAACACUAUUUAAGAACCUGGUUUUUUCUCGAUUUGAUUUCGUCGAUACCAUUAGAUUAUAUAUUUUUAAUUUUCAAUCAAAUUAUGAAAUUGCAGGAUUUCUCUGAUUCUUUCCAAAUCUUGCAUGCCGGACGCGCUUUGCGCAUCCUGCGUCUAGCUAAAUUACUUUCCUUAGUUCGCCUGCUGCGUCUGUCUCGCCUCGUGCGCUACGUAUCGCAAUGGGAGGAGGUCUAUAUUCUGCAGAAUCUACAGAAAAAAAGUGCUGAUCGCAGAGGGAGAAUGCACAGAAAAGACAAAGAUGGCUUGACAAAAAGCAACCUAAUUCUCAAGUUCCUCAAUAUGGCCUCGGUAUUCAUGAGGAUCUUCAAUUUGAUUUGUAUGAUGCUCUUGAUCGGACACUGGAGCGGUUGUCUGCAGUUCUUAGUGCCAAUGUUACAGGGUUUUCCAUCAAAUUCCUGGGUAUCCAUCAAUGAGUUACAGGAAUCGUAUUGGCUGGAGCAGUAUUCAUGGGCAUUGUUCAAGGCCAUGUCGCAUAUGCUGUGCAUAGGUUAUGGCAGAUUUCCACCACAGUCACUAACGGACAUGUGGCUGACGAUGCUAUCGAUGAUAUCGGGCGCCACAUGUUAUGCAUUGUUCCUUGGUCAUGCGACCAAUCUAAUACAGAGCUUGGACUCCAGCAGGCGGCAGUAUCGCGAGAAGGUCAAACAGGUGGAGGAGUAUAUGGCGUAUCGCAAGUUGCCGCGCGAUAUGCGGCAACGCAUUACGGAAUAUUUCGAACAUCGGUACCAGGGUAAAUUCUUCGAUGAAGAGUUGAUACUUGGCGAGUUGAGCGAGAAAUUGCGCGAGGAUGUCAUCAACUACAAUUGCAGGUCCCUCGUGGCGUCAGUGCCUUUUUUUGCUAAUGCCGAUUCGAAUUUCGUUUCCGACGUAGUUACCAAACUGAAAUACGAAGUUUUCCAACCAGGUGAUAUUAUCAUAAAGGAGGGCACGAUCGGUACUAAGAUGUACUUCAUACAGGAGGGCGUUGUGGACAUUGUUAUGGCCAACGGCGAGGUUGCCACCUCACUAUCGGAUGGAUCUUACUUCGGUGAGAUCUGUUUGCUGACCAAUGCGCGUCGUGUGGCCAGCGUGCGAGCCGAAACCUAUUGCAAUCUAUUCUCAUUGAGCGUGGAUCAUUUCAAUUGCGUUCUGGACCAGUAUCCGCUGAUGCGCAAGACCAUGGAAACCGUGGCUGCCGAGCGACUCAAUAAGAUCGGCAAAAAUCCAAAUAUAAUGCAACAAAAAGAUGAGCAACUAAGCAAUCCAGAAUCAAACACAAUUACGGCGGUGGUCAAUGCAUUGGCCGCCGAAGCCGAUGACUGCAAAGAUGAUGACAUGGAUCUCAAGGAGAAUUUACUGCAUGGGUCAGAGUCGAGCAUUGCUGAGCCGGUGCAAACAAUACGCGAGGGUCUCCCCAGACCCAGAAGCGGCGAGUUUCGCGCUCUAUUCGAGGGCAAUACUCCAUGACACUGAGGCAUCAUCAUCAAGGGCCCUGGAACAGCCAGCAUCACGCAUCGAGCAACCAUCUGAGUAGCGGUUUGCAACCCAAAAGAACAAAACAGAAAAUAGUAAUACAUACACACACACACACAUAAAAGCAACGCAGACACAGAUACAAACACAUACACACACACACUUGCGUAUAUAAUAAUUAGUAAAAUGAAGAAAACCCUAAAAGAUGAAUCAAUUUACGGUAGUCUACAUACAAGUAUAUAUGCAAUUGCGAUUUAGUAGAAAAUGACAACAACAAACAAACAAAAACAAAACGAAAAAAAAAAAAAAUGAAGAGAUAGAAAACGUAUUACACAACAAUGUCCUCAAUAAUUAUUCAUAAUUUCAGCUCCGCUAACUGUGAUGAACUUUAAUAUAAGAAUCGAAAAAAAAAAUUAAAAACCAAAAAAAAAAAGAUGAGUACAUAAAUAACUUAUACGAUAAACAAAAAAUUCAGCAGCCAGUUAAAGCAGUCACACAGAUAUCACACAGCCAUAGGAAAAACUCACACACAUACACGCAGUUGCAACAUACACACACACACACAGACUAACAGACAUACAUACAUACAUAUAUAAGUAGUAAAUCUACAUGUAAGUUUUAUGCCCACGAUAUUGUAACGAUAACGAAGUGAAUAGACUUUUGAAUUGCUACCUAGGUGUUAGUCCUAUGGACCUACUACUACUAACAGUAUCACACACCCACAAUUACCCAUACCAAUACAAGAGAAAACACCCAAAACAACAAGAAUACACACACUCAAACACCUGUAGUUAAACAUUUAAAGACGUGCAUAAACUUAUGAUAUAAUAACAAAAACAACAAUGUUACGUUAUGCAUUCCAAAAACCAAAACAAAAAAAAAGGUAAAAAAAAAAGUAAAUGAAAAUUAAUGCGCGUAGCUAUUAUGUACUCGAGUGCAACCAACAAUUAUGUAUUAUUGCGAUUAUAUAGCAUAUUUAAAUACGCAUUGCAAAAUGAAGAAGAAAAAACCCAACAACACUCAGCAAUACGACAUACAAAACAAGAUGAACAACUACAAUAUUAUUAAACAAAAACAAAAAGAAGCAAAUUUAACGAAAUGCAUUAGUAGUUGAACUAUUAGUUUUUCACCUAUACACACACACACUCACACACACACACAAUGUAGUAGAAUAAAAGAGAACCUCAGGUUGCCGUCAUUUCAACGGUAACAAGCAACAAGCAUUAACUAUAUAUACACAACAACAACAACAACAUACAUACAUACAUAUACAACAAGAAAAUGAAACACACACACAUUAAUAGAUAAUGUUGUCUUUUAUAGGGAAUUGUUAUAACGAUUCAGUUUGAAUAAUGUACGAAUAUUUAUUGCAAAUUAUAUUUUUAAUUCAACAUUCUGUUUCCAACAAUACUAUUUAGUUGCGAGCGAGAUCUUUUUGCAAUUACAUACGGUAGUUUGUAUGUCUUUGUUUGUCUUAUUUUCAAAAUAAAUCAAGUGAAAGACAGCAACUUGUUUAACGAUUUAUGUAACUUAGUAUUUUAUUAUACGUAAACUAAUAAAAGAAAUGCAGAAGGACAGCGUUUGCCUUAACAUAACAUAAUAUCAAUUCUUUCAUUGAAACUUAAAGCAUGCUAUGCUUAAUUUGCUUUCAAAUUUUCUCUUAAAAUUAACAAAAACUUGGGAUAUUUCAACGUUUUUCAAUACAUAAAGGAUUAUAGCUGCGGAGCACCAAUCCUCGCUCGAGGAGUGUUAAAUUAAUAUUCACAGCAGAUUUCGAACUCGAACUCGAGUCCACAAGUAUCAUGUGAACGGCGUUAUCCUGAAAUAAGCAAUAAUAUAUAUGUGGAAACAUUUGAUAAUAUUGAAUAUUUAAUUUACCGCAUUGUUGAUUUUCUCGACUUUUGCAAAGAGUUGGCGGUAAGCUACGAGAUCGUAAAAAUAUUUGCUGGCAUCUGCAGAAAAGUGUCCACCUUGCCUGGGCAUAAUAUUGGCCAGUCUUCCGUAAAGACAUUGAGCUGGCAGUGUGGCAAAAUCUUUGGAUAGACACUUCAGAUCGCUGUGGGUAAUCCACAUUCUCUCGGCCGUAUCGAUAAGCUCCACCUGUGACAUAAAGGCUAGGCUCAAUUACAUUUGUAUAAUACAAAGAACUAAUAUUACACAUGCCUCAAUAUUCAUUGGAUGGCCCAUCUUCACAGCAAGCACACGAACGCGCUGCCAGAAAGUUCCCCUGGUGUGAAUGGCUCCCAAAUGUCCAGGCAUAACAAGGUGCAAUGGAAUAGUGUAUUUUUUCAUAUCUAUGUCUCUAUAAUAGAAUCUGUAAAAUUUAAAAUGUAUUUUUUGGUGACAUAACUGCUUUUAAAUCUAAA